GCUCCGUGGGAUGGCAGUAAGACGAUAUGGAUCCGUUCCCAUUGUGCAUCCAUGGAAGAAUGGAUCACAAACCGUCCUUCACCUUCCAGGCUGGUACAUCAGACCUGCAGCUGAAGGCCAGCAAAGAAGCUGUCAGAGUCUCCAAAGACAACCUGAAGAGGGCAGCCCCGCGCCUCACCUCCAACACCAGGGAGCUGGCUGAGACACAAGCUGUGUCAAGGGUCUCACUGCUGGGGGGGAACCCGGCGGACCGCUGGCAGCUCCUCAGCCAGACAGAGCUCCAGUUCGGUCAGUACCGGGGUCAGACUUUCCAGUGGCUGCUGUCCAAUGACGUGGGCUACACGGCAACAAUUCUGGCAGGGCAUCAGGGAGAGCGUGAGGUGGGGGAUGUCAGCUGCACUCCCCUCAUGUGGAACAAGGAUGCUCUGCUGGAGUACGCCGGGCUCUUCACCGCAGUGAUGGCAGCUGUGAGCAGGAAGAGAGCACCGGGCAUGGCUGCAGAACACGAACAGCUGGUGGGCUUUGGGGUAUUCACAGCCAUGACGUACAGGGAGAUGUACGAGACUGUGGAGAAGGAGCCAAGCACGUACAGGAAGUGGCUCAGGAAGCAGUCUGUCAGGAGGCCCGGGUCCCAACUGGCGCAGCUGAAGGAGUAUAUCGACAGAAGGGACAAGGAGAAGCAGCCUGUCGCCUCCUCAGCUGCAUCAGCAGCCGCCACCUCCCCAGCUGUCUCCCCCUCCACUACAUCUCCCCCCAAACAGCGGAGGAAGAGAAAGCCAGCGUUCCUGUCUUCCUCAGAAGACGAGGACGACCAUCUGAUGGUGGAGGCAGCGGCUCAGGUGGAGGCUGAUUUAGAGGAGCUUAAGGCGAAGGUGACUUCAAUCUUUGGCUCCAUCCUCAAAAUGGACUCCACCAAGAAGGUGACCAAGAAGCUGGCGGGAGCCGACGCUGGUACCGCUCUGUGGAUGAGCAGCGUGGGGAACGAGCUGGGGCAGGUCCGUGCUGACGGCCGCUGA